GCGUCGCAGUGACGUCAGCGAACGCGCGACGCUCCUCCCUACCGGGCGCCGCGAAAGCGAGUCAGGCGUCGCUCCCGGAAGGGUGAAGCGGGGGAGGGAGACCGAGCUGCUGCUGCUGCCGGAGAGAUACUGAAGGUUGAAGUGCAUGACCAGAACUGAAUUUAAACAAUGAGUGAGCCGGAGCUGUUGUUGGACUCUAAUAUUCGAUUAUGGGUGGUGCUUCCAAUUGUCUUCAUAACCUUCUUUGUGGGGAUGAUUCGUCACUAUGUAUCCAUCCUUCUCCAAAGUGACAAAAAACUCACCCAGGAGCAAGUAUCUGACAGUCAAGUUCUGAUUCGAAGCAGAGUUCUCAGAGAAAAUGGAAAGUACAUUCCAAAGCAGUCCUUUCUGACACGGAAGUAUUACUUCAAUAAUCCAGAUGAUGGGUUCUUUAAGAAAACUAAAAGGAAGGUAGUGCCACCUUCCCCAAUGACUGAUCCUACUAUGCUGACAGAUAUGAUGAAAGGGAAUGUAACAAAUGUACUUCCUAUGAUUCUUAUUGGAGGCUGGAUCAACAUGACCUUUUCUGGUUUUGUCACAACAAAAGUCCCCUUUCCUUUGACGCUUCGUUUUAAACCAAUGCUACAGCAGGGUAUUGAGUUGCUUACUUUGGAUGCGUCCUGGGUUAGCUCUGCUUCUUGGUAUUUUCUGAAUGUGUUUGGACUUCGAAGCAUUUAUACCCUCAUUCUUGGUCAAGAUAAUGCUGCCGAUCAGUCCAGAGUAAUGCAGGAGCAGAUGACAGGGGCGGCAAUGGCCAUGCCUGCAGAUACUAAUAAAGCAUUCAAGACAGAAUGGGAGGCGCUAGAACUGACUGACCAUCAAUGGGCCCUAGAGGAUGUUGAAGAGGAGCUCAUGGCUAAAGACCUCCGCUUUGAAGGCAUGUUUAAGGAAGAGCUGCAGACGUCCAUGUUCUGAGUUGCUUCAUAUGGUUGGCAUUAAGUCAGUUUGUGUUUAUUUAUCUAUAAUGUACUCUUACUGGUGGCCAGAAUAAAGAUGGUCAGAACUUAUGUGAGCUAUAUACCUGCAGGACAGAGUCUUGCUUCUGAGGUCUCCUCUGAUGCCUUUUGAGUCACAUGGAGCUCUCAUUUGGCAGCUGCUAAUAGUCAUGUCAGAAGGCAAACUACUGAACUUGUAAUGAUUGACCAAACUUAUUGGAAGAAACAUUUAUAAUUCAGGAAAACUUGAAAUUGAGUGUGGGUCCCUGCAAAUUUUAAAUGUACCUGCUACUCUAGAGACAUACUAAGCCUAAGUCAGAAUCCGUUAAUGAUUAAAAUAUUGGUAUAGGAUUUAACCCUUGAAGCAUCUCUCAUUGCCAGGGCUCAGCCUUGAUGCAUAUAUGCAGCAUAACUGCCAGUACUCAAAGACUUGAAUUUAGAUGAGAGAAACAUCCAAAGAUGAUUCUCCUUACUGUUGCCAUUCAGUGGCCCACAGACUGAGGUACUCCUCUGUCCACUGGGAGGCUGGUUCUUUUUAGAAGAAAGGCUUGAUUAGGGACUGGACUAGAAGCAACCUGUUGUGUCUAGAGCCACUCUUUCUCCUGCCCCCUAAGUGCAUAGUCAGAGGUUUAGGGUCUGCUUGAGCAGUAACUAAACACUGAUUUUGGUAUUGAAAAAGGACCAUUGGUACACUUUGACUUUAGCUGGCACCAGCACUGAAUCUAUUUGUGAUUAGACUUCUUUCAUUUUAAGAAUUUGAUUUAAAUGUUUUUAAGACAUGAUCUAGAACCAAGGAAAAUCUUAUUUUUAUUAAGAUACUGGUUUGUCCUUAGAAGACAAGCUUUGAGCUUUUGCUCUUAUCGUCCAUUAGGGAACAAGCAUCUGAAGUCUCCCAAUAUGUAUGACCUAAGGUACUUGGUGAAUUACAGUUCAGUGCUUCUUGGGGGCUCGUUUGUAUAAUCAGAAGACAAUGCACAUUCCUCAGAUUCAUAAUACCAGAACUAGGUUGAUUGGAUAAAAUGUUCUUUAAUGACUGGGUCAGUUGGCAUAGUGUGACAGUAGAGAAAAGGCUACUGAUGCUAUACUCAGUCAGAAUGUAAGCAUUUGAUUAUCCUUUUGGAAUAACACGUGGCCUUGGCUUAUGUUUUUAUGCCUCAGAAAAAUGAAGGGAGCUGUUCACUGUAUUUGUGUCUUUAAGAAACAAGAUAAUUUGUCAAUGAAACUGAAUUCUGGUUCAACCAUGGCCACAUACAGUAGCUAGUACUGUAAGGGAAAGUAUUACAUCUCUCCUGGAGCAGCUGCAUCUGCCCAUGUCAGUGAGGCUCUGAAAUACACCCUGUUGCCCAUUUCUGCCUAUGUACAGCUCUCCCCUUGCUGCAGCAGUAUAUUUAUGUUUAGAGUAAGUUAUAAAGUGUUCAUUAGUGAAA